GGCUCUUCAGAGGGGGUGGCUGUAACACGCCCCCCCACCCUCCGCCGGUUGUGAUUCGGCCGCUGUGUUUAGCCCCCGGCUAAACACACAUCGCCAUGCAACGGAAGUGUUCCUAACGGUGCUGCAGUGCAAAGCGGAGGAAAGCAACUUUGCUCUGCACGUGCUCGGAGACUUUUCUUUUUAAAAUACCCGAUCCCGACUUGGCAGUGGAAAAUAGGAUUCUGGCCCAACUUAGCCCCGUGAAAGAGGGCUGGCUUAAAUGAGAAGGACAUUCAAAUGUUAUGCCACAAUGUUGAAACUACGGCUUUUGACAUGGGAUGUGAAAGAUACUCUGCUUCGACUCCGGAUUCCUGUGGGCGAGAGUUACGCUGCUGAGGCCCAGGCCCAUGGCCUCCAAGUGGAAGCUGAAGUGCUCAACCGGACUUUCCACUGGGCCUACCAGGCUCAGGCCCAGCGCUUCCCCAACUAUGGCCAAGACAGAGGCCUUAGCUCCAAACAGUGGUGGCUGGAUGUAGUCAUGGAAACCUUCCGGCUCUCAGGAGUCCAUGAGGACAAAGUCCUCCUGCCCAUUGCGGAGAAACUGUAUUAUGAUUACUGUAGCAAUCGCACCUGGGAGUUGCUACCGGGUGCCAGCAAGACCCUCCAGCAGUGCCGGCAGUUAGGUAUCUGCAUGGGUGUCAUCUCCAACUUUGACCGGAGGCUGCCAGAGAUUCUGGCUCAGUGUGGCCUCCAGCAGCACUUUGAAUUUGUCUUGAGCCCCGAGAAUGUGGGCUUUGCUAAGCCAGACAAGAGGAUUUUUCUGGAAGCCCUGCGAAUCUCUGGGGUACCCCCUCCCUUAGCAGCGCACGUUGGGGACGACUACAUGAACGAUUACAGGGCACCGAGGGAGGCAGGGAUGCACAGUUUCCUAAUUAUGACAGCCAGGAAAACUGACAGCUGGGAGGCAGAAGUGCCUCAAGAGCAUAUCUUGUCCACACUCACAGACUUGCCCUCUCUUAUAGAGAAAGGCUAACUCAGGGCCUUCAAUACUGUGCACAAUUCCUGUUGAAGCCCUUCCUGGAUUGGACUGUUCGCCAUUAAACCGAAGUCCAUUGAAGUCAAGGGGCUUAGCAAAGUAUGACUCUGCUUAUGAUUUUACAGUUAGAAUAGUAUGGGGUUGUUGAUUUGUUUUGAUUUUAUGUACUUCUACAGUAAAAAAAAGAAGAAAAUGUAGGAAGCUAGCACACCAUACAAAGAGACUGUCACCUGGCCCUUGCCAUGACAUGCUCCCUUCCCUCACACAAGCAGCUUUUUAUAUGGAAAAUUCUUUUAAAAUAUCCUGUCCCACUUAUAGAUCAGAAGUGGCACAGGCAGGAAGGAUUAUGCCACAAGAUUUUACAUGGUAUUUAGAAAGCAGAAAAGCAGAGCAGGAAGAAGAGAAGCCUCAUGUCUAACAACCUGAUGAAAAACCACAUGAGCAAACCAACCAAUAGAACUGUGACCUUUGAUAUUUCAUGUUUCUAGUUCCAGUUAGCUUAGCAGCUGCCAUUAACAGAGUAAAAUCCAGUGUUUCUGAGACCAACCUCUUUCCUUCCGCUUUUUUUAAGUAACACAUUUUGUUUAACACACAAUAAAUUUCUGUCUUGACUGGGA